AUGGUCUAUUCGGAUCUGGUCGAAUCCACCGUGGUGGGCAGUGGCAAGUAUCCCCUGUUACGGGAAGUGCAAUUGUUGAGAACAGGGGAUGGGGAAAGUACAGCUGAACCCUUGCACCACCAAUGGAUCAAACUCCGAGGAAAUCAACUGGAUAUCUUAGAAGUAGAGAUUGCCAGUACCAGUGGACCCCUGGCCAUUUUACCCCCGGGCAAAACCCUGGUGACCAUUGGUCUCAAAAAGCUAUAAAAAGUCACUCCACGUCUCUGGAGGGUCCAAAAAGCACCACGACGUGAACCAUGCGCGGAGGUAGUUUAACGCGGUACCACAUGCCCGUCCUCACCAAGCAAGAGGGCAAAGGCUUGGCCGAAGAUUUGAUCAAACUGGCGGGACCCCUGAUCGUGCAACAAGCUCAAGCGGGAUUGCAAGAUAUUCAACGUGGCAAGAGUGCCGCGGCCACCUGGGCGGAUCGAAGUGCCCAACUCAAACGUGGAUUGAAACGCAAAGCCCCUGCCAUGGCUUGGACGGCGGGCAAACACAAAGUCAAACGGACCGCCCAAAAUACCUAUAAAAGAGCCACGCAACGCGUACGGGAUAUCUUUGGACUGUGAAAAAAUGGUACGUGUAGGAGGUUUUCUCAAAUCACAAAAUCGUAUUCGACGGCAACGUGCCCGUGGACGGUUCAUUUCACCGUAUCAAGUGGGGGGCACGAUCUUUGGCAAGUCGACCAUGGCGCGCUAUCCCUUGAUGCACACGACGCAUCGGAUCAACCCCGAACCCUGGAGGGUGAAGCAAGCCCUGCGUCGCAUGAAAGGGGGCACGAUUUUUGGCAAGUCCACCCGCAGGCGUCAAAAUCCUUUGAGGUUCCCUUCUAUGCACCCGGAAGACCCCAACGAAUGGGCAAGGACCAUGGCUCGACGCCGUAUGAAAGGGGGCACGAUUUUUGGCACGUCCACUCGCAUGCGUAUGAGUCAGGAUCCCAUGAAGGUCCUCAUGGCCGACCGAGAAAAAGCCAGGAUGGAACGCUGGCUGAAGCAACGUAUGAAAGGGGGCACGUGGUUGGGCAAAGGGGAUCUCAGAAAAGUGUUGUGGGCCAAUCAAGCCAAAGCCCGGAAGCAGAAAGGGGGCAAUCUCUUCAGCCAGUUGAAAAAACGCAUCCAAAUCGAUUUUCCGCACCGCCCCUUUCCCGCCGCGCAUCCCAUCCAUGAUUGGUACAGACUACGAAAAGGUAUAAAAAGAGGACGCCGUUGAACCACCUGGACAGUUUGCAGCAUGUCGCUCCAACUCUUUGACGUGCCUGAUGUGGAUUAUCGGUACGAAGCCUCUCGGGAAGUGGAGUUUCAACCCGCCUUGACGGGCAUCCAACCCAUCACCUUCUCCAUUCCAGGCUCCGACGAUUAUUACGACACCAAUUCCCUCCGAUUCAAAGUCAAAGUGCGCCUGACCAAUCCAGCCACUGGGUAUACAGGACUGGAUGCUGGUCUGCUCAUUUCCAAUGCCAACGAAAGCAGACAUGUCUACUGCGUCAACAAUUUCGGUCACACCAUCUUUCGAGACAUCACCCUGAGCAUGAAUGGCGUCCUCAUGACAGAACAGAGCAACACCUACCAUUACAGAGCCUACCUAGAAACCCUGCUGAAUUACAGCCGAGAAGAAGGAGCCACCAAGUUAGCCCCCCAAGGAUGGGUCAAUCAGCUCAAUGUGAUUGCAGAAAUGGGAGCCACAGCCGCCAAUUCGGAUGUCCCCACCAAUGCGAAUUGGAGUGGGAAUACAGAAUUGCGAGCCCUGACCAGCCGAUUGACAGAUGAACAUUGGCACACCUUCAUCGUGCGUCCCCAUUUGCCACCCCUCAGGACAGGCAAAUUGUUGGUCCCUAAUAUCCAAAUGGACAUUGAGCUCUUCCUCAACCCCAACACCGUCUACCUGAUGGGUACCCCCAACAAAGGCACCUUGACCACCAAGAAAUUUCCAGCCAUCCAUAAUGAUGACAUCAAAGUCACCUUGUUGAUGAGAAAAGUGACCUUGAAUGCCAGUGUCUAUGUCAGACUGCAGAAAGAAAGACAGCUGGGCAAACAAAUUGCCCGCUACCCCGUCGUGCGGAGCGAAAUUCGCACGUUUUCCUUUGAUGGACGCACCACCCAGUGGGAACAAGACAAUGUGUUUGUGGGUCGAUUUCCUGACCGAGUGAUGGUGGGGUUAUUGCAUUCCAACACCUUCAAUGGAGACCUACAAAGAUACCCUUUUGCCUUUGAAAAGUUUGGUGUCACCCAAGUACGACAGACCUUGAAUGGAGAAGAAUACCCUUACAGAACCCUGCAAUUGACU